GACUGGAACCCAGAGGCAGGGCGGCCAGAUGCGGGGCACCAGGGCCCAGCAAUCGGGCCAGGGUGGGUACGGAGCCUGCCUGCUGGCUGCUCUGCUCUGGCUCAGCCUCUUGCCCCAGCAUGCUCAGGCCGCUGACCCUGCCAACACCACCAGCACUAUAAAUAAAACGACCACGAGGACUACUCUACCCCUGUCUGAGAUAUGUGGCAGGACCAAAUUCCAAGGGAAGAUCUUUGGCGGUCAGAUGGCUGCGCCUGAGCGGUGGCCGUGGCAGGUCAGUCUGCGUUUAUAUGGCAGACAUAUCUGUGGAGCAGUUCUCAUCGACAAAAACUGGAUAGCCGGUGCUGCCCACUGCUUCCAAAGGUCUCACAACCCAAAUGACUACCAGGUCAGGCUAGGCUACACCAAGAUGAGCAGUCCCACCAAGUACAGCAGGGAGCUGUCAGUGUACAAGCUCAUCGUUCACAAAGACUACGACAAAUUCCACCGCCAGGGAAGUGACAUUGUCCUGAUGCAGCUGGAAUCGCCUGUGGAGUUCAGUUCCCACAUCCUCCCAGCCUGUGUCCCAGAUAAAAACACAAAAAUCCCUAAAAAAAAGGCCUGCUGGGCAAGUGGCUGGGGGAAUCUCAGAGAGGAUGUGCGCCAACCUUUACCUGACGACCUCUAUGAAGCAGAGCUCAUCCUUAUGGACAAUGAAGAGUGUAAAAUGUUUUUCCCAAGACCAUCACCUGGUGACACUAAGAGCUACUACAUUUAUGAUGAUAUGGUGUGCGCUGCUGACUACUCAAUGACAAAAUCUAUAUGUGCAGGAGAUUCUGGGGGCCCCUUCGUCUGCUUUCUGGAUGGCUCCUGGUACGUGGUGGGGCUGACCAGCUGGAGCUCGUCAUGUGAAAACCCGAUCGUCAGCCCCAGUGUCUUCGCCAGGGUCUCCUACUUUGACAACUGGAUUAAAGAACACAAGCAAGCAUCACCUGAUCCAAAGCCCAAGGAGCCUGACAGCCCCCCUGACCAUCCAAGACCACCUUAUAAGCCAAAACCCCCUCUUGGUGGGUAUGAAUGGGACAGUAACAAAGACCAAGGCACCGUCAUCAAGCCGGUGGUCUGCAUGGCCAUGCUGUCUUCUCUGGUCCUCCUCCUGCAGCUGAUUUUGUUGAGGAACCUCUGAAGGAACCACGGGGCCUUGGACGGCCAGCAUAGCCUGUAAGUCCACUGAGUAUUGUCCCCCACGAUUCCAUCCGCAGGCUCAUCUGUCCAUCUGAGGCCACACACUUGCCCUAGGUCAGACCAAACUUAAAAAGAAGAAGAAGAAAUAAAAGCAAAAAACAA